CGCAUUACACAAUUCAUCGGUCAUUCAGUUAGUAGACUUCAGCAAGGCAACAGUAACAGAUGUCAAGUGAUUUUUAAUAGUUAUCUUUCCACGCAUUUUUAUCGCGUAACCGGCUAUUUGUUACAAUUUUUCUUCGUGUAAUACAGUUUUUGUAAAACAAAUAUAAUGAGUAAGGGCAAGGGAUGCGAACCGUCAGUCACAUUUCCGAUAAAGCCACCUGGCCCACCGAAAGUGUGGAAAAUUGUCGAGAUUAAAAAAAAGGACGCGGACGUACCGAUAAGAUUCACCAUUCAAGAGGUACCGGAAGACAGGUACGACGAGGUAGUAGAACACAUGUGCAAGUAUUUCAUUGCCGACGAGCCCAUGUGUAAAUGCAUCAUUCAUCGUAUGUACGUCUAUGUCGAAUAGUAUUUACGUGAAAGGAGGAAUAAGAUUUUCGAGAUGUGCAGGAAGCGGAAAACAUUUUAAUUUCUCUGUUUCUAUAGACGGGAUAAACGAUCCUGAAUACGUGGAAACAUUUCGAUGUCUUUGGAACGAAUUUAUAAAAUGUGGUUUGUCCAUCGUAGCGUUUGUAGAGAAUCCAGAUGGCGGGAAACCUAUAAUCGCAGGAGCUAAUAUACUUACGUUAUCUUUCAAGGAUGAGAAGUUCGACAUUGAGAAAAUUAAGUCGGAGAAGGGGAAUGCCGUGAUGGAUGCUGUGAUAAGAUUGAGCAAAGAAGCAAAUGUGUUUGAAAAAUACGGGGUGAAUAAAUAUAUGAACGCCUUUGGCCUUUCCGUAAAUCCAAAGUAUCGAGGAGCCUCUCUAGGUGCUCAUCUUCUUAAUGCCAGGGUGGAAGCAGGUCGAGAAUACGACAUUCCGGUAACAGUCACGGCAUUUACCUCGCCGAUUUCGCAGAAAUUGGCCGAACGAUGCGGCUUUGAAACCCUGAUUGAAAGAAAUUACGACCAAUUUGUGGAUAAAAAGGGAAAUUUAAUGUUUCCAGGAAUCGAAUCGAAAUCCAUGAAAGUAAUGGGCAAGAGGCUCAUUUAACAUAAACGACAUAUUACAAAUUGAAUUAAAAAUAUGAUAUCUAGUAGUUUAAUACCAAUUAGUAAGUAUUAAGAUAGGAAUAGCGACAAAAAUAAAUGGAAGAAAUGGGAACCCUUGUAAUCUGUAAGGUAAACAAUAAAGAUAUCCUAACAUUGUGCAA